GGAAAGUGUUCAUGUGAUCUGGAGUGCUACGCUUUCUAAACACCUACCAAUCUCAUAAAGUGGCAACUCAAGCUGUACGCACACACGUGAACUUUUCCUGCUGGGGACUUCCCCUAGACAGAUUAACAGACAAGGCCGAAGCGAAUGCUGGGCAACACGGACAUUACCAUGGUAGCUAGUGGCUAUUUAUAGAUUGUGGGACAGGGAGUUGCUCCCAACCCCACAGGAGUACAGCACUCUGGUAUGUUCCACCGUGCUGGUCAAACAAAUGUGAAUCUAUCAUCCACCUAAGAUGGAUUUGCGAUUGAUUGACUUGGAGGAGAACAAGCGACUGAUGAGAAAUGGCGAGCUCUAUUACGCUUUCACGCCAGACCUCGUCGCUGAUCGCAAACGAUGCCGGCUCGCAUGCGAAGCGUACAACCAGGCCGGAGACGUAUCUCGUCGACGACUUGUAGAACUCUUCAAGAAAAUUCAGGAUGACGACUGCCAGCUGCCGCCUCCAGCGUCGACCCCUGAAGAGGACGAGGAUCUCUUCGGCAACGAAGUCUGGUGCGAUGCUCCUAUAAAAAUGGACUACGGGCACAACGUGGUUAGGUUCGGCGACAACGUAUACGUGAACAGUAAUAGCACUUGGGUCGAUACGUGCACAAUUUCCGUGGGUGCACGAACACUGAUCGGCCCAAACUGCUCCUUCUUCUCGGGUACACAUCCGACCGACCCAAAGAUUCGCAAUGGUACUAAUGGGCCCGAGAACGGUGCACCCAUCACCAUAGGCGAGGACUGCUGGUUCGGCGGUAGCGUCAUUGUUCUCCCCGGGGUAACUAUAGGCGCAGGGGCAACGGUGGGCGCUGGAAGUGUCGUCACCAAGGACGUUCCCCCAUACACUGUCGUGGUUGGCAACCCCGCUCGAGUGCUGCGAAGCGUCGCGUCAUCGAGUUCGAACCCUAUCCCGGCCGCCCAACGCCAUGAGUCGGCGAAGGAAGCAGCGUCUUCUUCAUAG